CGCGACAAUGCGAAACGGACACUCCUUCAGCUGAAUGAAACCCCCCCCCGGCAGCGUCGUCCCCACCCGAAUGAAUCUGAUCCCGGAGCUUAUUACGCAAUUCGUUCCAGAGAAGAACGAGCGCCAUCAACCCGCGAAGUGAGGGCAAGAUGAAGCUCGCCUUCUAUUUGUACCUCCUCCAUCUUGGUCUCUCUUCGUUGUUCGGUCACGCCCGAGCCAGAGGCGGCGAGAGUCGAUCCCUCUCUUCAGCAGGCUUUGCAACUGAUGGUUAUGCUGGGGUCGCGAGGCAUUUGUUCGGGGAGCGGCCGGCAGUGAGUUCCGAUGUGGCUCGUGGGUAUAUGACCAAUUCUGAUCUUGAAAAGGCUGUGAAAGCUUUUGACCGGAGAUGUGGCAAUAUUUCUAGGAUAUACAGUAUUGGGAAAAGUGUUGAUGGAGUGCCCCUGUGGGUUAUAGAGAUCUCUGACAAACCUGGAAUAGAAGAGGCUGAACCUGCAUUUAAAUUCGUAGGAAAUGUGCAUGGGGAUGAACCUGUUGGUCGUGAGCUUCUGAUGCUUCUAGCGAAUUGGAUUUGUGAUAAUUACUUGAAGGAUCCAUUGGCAAAAAUGAUUGUGGAGAAUGUCCACCUUCAUUUACUUCCAUCCAUGAACCCAGAUGGAUUCACACUUAGAAGGCGCGGAAACGCCAAUAACAUUGAUUUAAAUCGAGAUUUUCCUGAUCAGUUCUUUCCAAUGAAUGAAGACAUAAGUUCACGACAGCCCGAAACAAGGGCAAUUAUGAGAUGGUUGAGAGAGAUUCAUUUCACAGCAUCUGCUUCCUUGCAUGGGGGUGCACUGGUUGCAAAUUAUCCAUGGGAUGGAACGGAGGACAGGAGGAGACAUUACUUUGCCAGCCCUGAUGAUGAAACCUUUCGGUUCAUGUCAAGUAUAUACAGUCGCUCUCACCGUAACAUGUCAUUGAGUAAAGAAUUUGAAGGAGGAAUUACGAAUGGAGCAGCUUGGUAUCCGAUAUAUGGUGGCAUGCAAGACUGGAACUAUAUCCAUGGUGGCUGUUUCGAAUUGACAUUGGAAAUUAGUGACAAUAAAUGGCCAAAUGCUAGUGAGCUUCCCACUCUAUGGGAGUACAACAAACGGAGCAUGCUUAAUCUUGUUGCCAGUGUUAUUAAGACUGGAGUUCAUGGAAGAAUCUACUCUUCGGAUAGCGGAAGGCCAUUGCCUGGCUUCGUCCUGAUCAAGGGAAUAAAUAGCACUCAGAUUAAAGCUAGUAGAGGACUUGCUGAUUACCAUAGGAUGCUUGCCCCUGGAGCAAAAUAUGAAGUUGUGGCAUCUAUGCCUGGGUACAAGCCGAAGACCACGACCAUCUGGUUGGAAGAGGGAGCUAUGACUCUGGAUUUUAUUCUGGAUCCCAUAGCUACUACGGUGGAAAAUCAGCUAAAAAGUAUAUGUGAUUGUAGCUGCAGCGGCAGGAGCAGUAUUGAAUUAAUGGGCUUUGUUUGGAAUGCUCACUUGGGAGUGUACUUUCUUUUAGUUAUUAUUGUCCUUGCAUUUAUCUGCAUACUCUUUAGGCGGAGGAUGCCUGUUUUAAAGCAUAGACAAACUGGAGUACUGAAAAAGUCGAUUGUUGUAUAGGGCUUCUGGAGUUAGUUGAUCAGAAGCAAAUUUUGCUCUGUAUUUUAUUCAUCAGCUCUGAAUAUAUCAAGACCAUCUGGGACAAUCCUGUUAGUGAGUGCGGCACAGGUCGAAUCGGAUGGCUGUCAUAGAUGUAAUGAAGA